AUGGCGUCUCGCAGCGGUCCUGAUGGAGAACCUUCGGGACCGAGGUUUCGCCCAGGAGACGGCCUACAUCUCCGACCGCUGAAUGUCGAAAAGGGAUCAAACAGGUUUCCUGUGACGGACUCUAUACCUCCCCAGACCGCAACUUGGCGGAACAAUUUGAUCGCACUUUCUCAGCGUCGUAACUUGCUGUUCGUGGCCUACAGCCAUCAAAUCUAUGUAUGGGAGCCUGCUGGCUCGUUUCAGAUGCUCGGCUCCCAGCCUGAAAUGACUAUCACUCCUGUUAUGAAGGAGCCCCAUAGCAGUGGCUAUAUAUCGCCAAGCAACCCUCAUGCCAUUAACAACCUUCUCGUGGAUGAUCUCGGUCGCGAGGAGGUGUUGCUGCUUGUCACUGACUCGGGAAAUGUCUGCGGUUACCGAGUCGAGGCAAUUUUCUCAGCGCUGAAGCGCGCCGCAGAAAACGAGGACAAACGCCCGCUUGAUGGUUCCCAGGUGGACCCAUUCUUCGCUGAAUACGUGCAGGCGAGUGCCUGGGGCUUGGCUAUACAUAAAUUUGCGCGGCUUAUUGCUGUAAGCGCAAACACGGGUCUCAUCACUGUCUUCGCAUUUGCGCUGGUAAAUCCUACAUCUACAGACUGUGGGAAUGAGCCGGAGAAUGAACUCGAUUUCACGGACUACGAUCAGACCUGGUUGGACAUUAGGGGUAAUGAGCAAUUUGCGCAAUUGCAACGACUCAUGCCGGACAAGCACCGGACAAGAAACAUCAAGCUCACCUACACAGGGCACUUUUCAAACAUACCGUCUGUCGGCUUCUAUAACUGCGAUCUUGAUCCCAAUGGAACAUGGAUGGUCAGUACUGAUAUCGACAACAAGCUUCUUGUGUGGAAAAUCUGGGAGAGCCUUGGCCCAUUCAACGUCUAUCACUUCAACGAGACUACCUUCAGGUCGUUUCCGGAAACUUUGCGUAAUGACAGCGAAAGAGGCUGGGCCGUCCUCGCCCUUGACCCACGCACGAUUCAACCAGUCAAGUCUACAGAAGAGGCCUUCGGCGGUCAGCCUUUGCGUCGCAAGAAGCGCGGCCAGGUAGUGUUCGACAUUACGAGACUGAGCCAUCAUAUACCAGAUGCUUCACAUCUUUACAACUACUUUCCACCCGCAGUCAGAUCUGAGCCUGAUCAAUCAGUUUUGCCUGACAUCUUCGGAGCGGACUGUCGCAUCAGUGGUGAAACUCAAAAACAAGCCUAUACGACAAGGCCCAAACGUCAUCCUCCGGACCACAGCAGUUUUCCAGACUCGGGAGCUGCUGGUGAAGCCAAUCGUCCCUCAGGGGCAGCCAACAGCUCUGAUUAUCAUGCUGCCGAUGGUUCGACUGCUGAGGACGAAAGUAGUGAGACGGACAUGAAUUCGGACUCGAGCCAGAGAGCUUCGAACCAGGAUGCUGUCGGAUCUGGCGACGAUGGGAACACAGACGGUUUCCACCAUGCGAACGUCAAUCUUCGGCGCCAUCAUGGACAAGGACCCUUGACAACGGCAGAGUUUCUUCAGUUUGCACUGUUAGAAGCCUUGGGUGGCGACAUCCCAGGUGCCGAAGAAUAUUUUGACGACAAUCUAGAUUACUCAGAUAUCGAUGAGGACGACCGGGGAGAAGACAGCAACGAUACUGAUGAGGAGAUGGACGAUGCCGAGGACCGUUCUUCCGACAGUGAUGCCGUUUCGGACACAGAACUUGCCGCAUACUCGGCUUCCGAUGUCUCCAUACGCGCGUGCGAUCGUUUUAACAUGGUCAAGUACAUUCCCGAGCACGGCAUAGUUGUCGCGGCAUCCCAGAAAGGCCGUGCCGCCGUGAUAGCUCUUACGCAAUCCGAAGAAACUGGUCUGUCAUUUAGAGUCGAUUGGAUAGUUCCGUUUGAGAGUCAGGAAAAGUUCGGUGAUCGUCCUUUGGUCCCCCUGUUAGGCAUGAGCGUCAGCCCCGUUCAGGGAUUUGAGAUGCCUCCAGAUGUGCCCUACAUCCCUCGCCACGUGGGCGACGGCAAAGAAUUGAAUUUCCAAUUUAAGGAUGUCAAUCACGACAGGAGCAAUACCUUCGCACCAUCUUCCAAUCUAGAGGGUGGUUCGAGAAAGAUAUAUGCUCCGACAUUUCCUUCAGGGCCUGGGCUGAGACAAUCUGCAGCAGAGCGUGAACAACAAUACCCGUCCACACUGCCUGAAUGUCACGCUAGAGCGACCCGAGCCUAUCAGCCAGACGAGCAUUGGCGAGGCUGGAAUCCCUCACGUCGAUAUCGUCUACUGUUGAUGUACGAUGACCAUACCGUAAUGAGCUACGAGUUCUGGUACGACUGGAAGACGAAAGUAUCCAAUGAAGAGGACGGAAUGGAUCAAGACGAAGUGCUCAUUGUCUGA